CAAGACAAUAUGGAGGUCAGAGCUCUGUGUAUGAGACUGUUGAUGAUCGUUAUGAUUCUGCUGGAUGGACAGGAUCAGAAAGCUGAUGCAGUUUCUCUGAGUAUCGCUCCAAACAGAUCGCAGUUCUUUGAAUAUGAAUCAGUAACAUUUUACUGUGAAGGAGUCGAUUAUUGUGAAAUUGUGCAUAAAUUCAAAGGGAAAUUAGAAUCAUGUAGCAAAACAGCAACAGGAUCAUCCUGCGACAUUAAAAAUGUUUAUGCAGGCGACAGUGGAGAGUACUGGAGUGAGACUGAAGGAGGGAAGAGAAGCAACAUCAUCAACAUCUCUGUCACUGCUGGUUCUGUGAUCCUGGAGGUUCCUGCUGCUCCUGUGAUCCUGGAAGAAACUGUGACUCUUCACUGCAGAAACAAAAUCGUUUCCUCCAACCUCACAGCUGAUUUCUAUAAAGAUGGACGUCACAUACAGAGAAGCUCCAAAGGAAACAUGAACAUCUACAGAGUUUCCAAGUCUGAUGAAGGACUUUACAAGUGCAGCAUCUCAGGAGCUGGAGAAUCACCAGAGAGCUGGCUGAAAGUCACAGAUCGCUCAGAGGAGAUUCGUUCCUCCUCAGCUGCCACUGCAGGGAUCGUUGUCACCGUUUUAUUUAUCGUUCUGUUGAUGGCAGCAUUGGGACUGUAUCACUUUGGCAAAGAUUACUGGAACAGAGAUCAGUCUCAGCCUGACGAAUAG